AUGUGUAAAGCUUCUAUGCGCUUGGAAGGAUCUGUCAUCAAUAGCCAGGCAGGGCAAGAAGUCCUCUCAGAUUUGAGGGGAGCCAUGAGCCGUUUCCUGAAUGUGUUACGAAGCUGGUUGGUGAUGGUGUCCAUUAUAGCCAUGGGGAACACGCUUCAGAGCUUCCGAGACCACACCUUUCUCUAUGAAAAGCUCUACACCGGCAAGCCACACCUGGUGAAUGGCCUCCAAGCUCGGACCUUUGGGAUCUGGACGCUGCUCUCUUCAGUGAUCCGAUGCCUCUGUGCCAUCGACAUCCACAACAAAACGCUCUACCACAUCACGCUCUGGACCUUCCUCCUCGCCCUGGGGCACUUCCUCUCUGAGCUGUUUGUGUACGGGACCGCGGCUCCCACAAUCGGCGUCCUGGCUCCCCUGAUGGUGGCAAGUUUCUCAAUUCUGGGGAUGCUCUUUGGGCUCCGGUACCUAGAAGUAGAACCCGUAUCCAGACAGAAGAAGAGAAACUGA